GCAAGUUAAACGUUAGCUAAAAAUACUCGGUGCUUUUUUUUUGACAAACGUUGUUAAAAUACGACUAAUAAGUACUUUGUUGUAAUUUUCUAUCCGCCAAGCCUGUUUAGUUUUGUAAAAUUCCUUGAGAGGACUUACCCUGCGUUUCCUUUGAAGUUGUAGUUGUAUUUCCUUGAGGACUAACGUUAGCUUGUUCAAGCUAACCAAGUUACUGCUGUGGUGUUGUCAACGGUAACCUAGCAGCCGAAGCAUCAUGGAAGCCUCAGGGUGGACGUUUACUGUCAUUUUAACACACCUUUACAUUUAACUUAUCUUAACAUGCGGUGUUAAAUAAGAACACACAUUUGUUUUCAACUUUUAACACACAGCUAGCUAGUUAAUAAACUCGAGACGAAUUUGUGGUAGCAGUUUGUACUUACUUAACGUACCUAAAAGUAAUCACAAAUGUAGCUAGCUGUUAUCUAAACCAAUCUCAAAGUAGCCUUAUUGCAGGAAACAGCUCAUUUCGUGCUACAAGGCAAUGUUUAGCCAUGUAUUCCUAACCUUAAAAGAGCUACCUGACCAGCUAACACUAACAUUGUGUAGCUGACAGGUUUUUAUUCUGCACAAUUCCUCGUUAAAUAUUAACUAACACGCUACUGCCAAGAUGCCUGCUGCUCUGGAGUGGGAUAAAGUGACCAGAAUUGACCCAGAGAGUCUGCUUGAAUGUGAAAAAGACCAAGUGGACGAGAUCUUCGGCAUGUUUGUUUUGACUGAAGAAUGGGAGGUGAAGGAUAAAGCCCCGGAGAACAUUGUCCAAGUCCUCAGAGUCUUCCAGACCCUAUUAAAGAUUAAGGAUCGGGAGGCUACUAUUGCUGCCAACUUUGUCGAGGACAUUGGUGUAAAUUAUGCUAAAACGGAAAAGGAACUCCUCGCCAAGGUGUCGAGGCUGGAACGAGAACACAAGCACUUGGGCACGGGGCCAGAUAGCCGCUUUCUGAGGGAUGAGAUUCGGCAGCUCGAGACCCAGCUAGAGCAGAGGGAGAAGGAGGUGACCCACUUAAAGAAGGACAUGGGCAAGGAAAAGAAAACAAACGAGGAGUUGCUUGUGCGAGCAGAGGAGGCUGAGGAUGAGGUCAAGAAACUAAAGAGAGAGAAUGAGCAGCUCCUGCAGGACGUGGACUUCUACCGCGGGGAGCUGGAGCAGAAGGUGCCGUCCCCGUCCAGAGACGAGAACGCUGAGACGCAGAGGAAGCUCAACCUGGCCAACCGACAGCUCUACCAGUGCCUGGAAGACCUGCAGCGAGCGGAAGAUGAAAACCUACACCUGAAGACGCAGAACGAGCAGAUGCAGAAAAGUCUGGAGGAGUCGGUGAGGGAGAUGGAGAAGAUGACGGACGAGUACAACAAGAUGAAGAUUGUUGUGCAGCAGACCGACUCCAUCAUGGACCAGCUCCGGAAAGAGAGGGAUCAUGCAAAGCUGCAGGUCAGAGAGCUGACCGAUAAGAUCCAUAACAUGAAUGAAGAGGACGACCCCAUCAUGGCAGCCGUCAAUGCUAAAGUGGAGGAGUGGAAGAGAGUGCUCUCUGGGAAGGACGAUGAAAUUGUGGUGUACCAGCAGAUGAUCCGGGAUCUGAGGGAGAAACUGCGCUCCGCCCAGAUGGACAUGGACAAAAGCAACAUCAUCGCCUUGCAGCAGGCCGUCCAAGAGAGGGAUAAUCAAAUCAAGAUAUUGGGCGAGCAGGUGGAGCAGUACACGGGGGAGAUGGAGAAGCACACCCUGCUCAUCGAGGAUCUAAAGACGUCCACGAAGAAAGACAGAGGCCUACCAUCGGCUGUAACUCAGAGGAAGAUGGAAGAGCUGAAGUCCAAGCUGGAGGCUGCAGACGCAAGAGUGGCGGAAGCAGAGCGGGCUGUAAAGCUCGCAGAGGCUGAUGCUGAGGAAAAAGACAAAGCACUCAUUGAGGCUUCGAACCGAUUGAGUCAGUAUGAGUCUGGCAUUUACGGCCUGGAAGCAGCCAUUGCGGAGAUCAAAGAGUGUAAAUAUCAAAUUAGAGUGAGAGAUCUUGAGGCAGAGGCCAUGACCAAAGAGAUCAACCAGCUUGAGAUGAGAAUCAAUGACCUCAUGGACGAAAACGAGGAUUUCCGAGAAAAACUGGGUCUGGAGCCAAAACAGGAAGUAGAUCUGACUCAGUUCAGGCGAGCCAAAGAUCUAAGACAGCGACAGUACAAGGCAGAAAAUCAAGUCCUCACCAAAGAGAUUGAACGGCUGGAAGAGGAGAGGCUGGAGCUGAAGAAACAAAUACGGCGCAUCGUGAAGGAAAGAGGCGUCCCGGGGUCCAGCCUGCUGCAGGAGGAGGACUCCCGGUCCAGCAGGAGUGAACAGCUGCCUCUCAAACCGAGCAGCACUCGCUCAGAUGAAGAGAUCAGACACAAAAAUGAGUACCUAGAAAAGGAACUGAGCAACAAGGAGAGAGAGCUAAAACUCCAGAAGACGCAGUUCAACAUGAAGCUUGAAGAGCUGUCAAAAGAGAAAGGAGACCUGGAGGCUGCGCUGAGAGACGUCCUCCAAGCAAUGAGGAAUAAUCGAGAGAACGCUCCUUCUGAAGCUGCCAUCGACAUCUCUGGUCUGGAGAAGUUAGCUAAGGUUAUGGAUGUCAGCAACGUGAGCGGGCAGCCUGAGUCCGCCCACAACCUCGCGUCCCAAAUCCAGCAGCUGUUGGGGAGAAAUGAAGAACUGAGGCAGGAGUUGAAGUUGGCCCGGGAGGAAGCAACCGGCCGUUUCAGUCAGCUCGCUGGAGCCAAAGAAAAGGUGAGCCGGCUGGAAGGUGAGAUGGAAUUGUUAAGGAGGUCUGCUGGCGGGGGAGCUAUCCUUCAACCCCUGACCCUCCCCGAGGACCUGGGGCCCGGGAGCACAGCGGUCAUCAGUUCCCUAAACGAGUACGCUGUUCGACUCCUGCAGGAGCUCAAAAACAAGGAGGAGACCCUGGAGAAACUCACAGGAAUGCUGGAGGAAUACAAAGAGAAGUUUUCGGUUGUCAGCCACCAACAGGGGCUCCUCUAUAAAGACUACCUCAGUGAAAAGACAGAGUGGCAAAAGGAGAAAGAAACAUUUGCAGAGGUGAAGAACAAGCUGGAGGAGCAGAAGCAGGUGGACGCUGUUAAAAUCCAGGAUUUCAACGAGCUGCUGGACACCCUUCAAAAGGACCCAGAGGAAAUCAGGAGACAGUUGAGCGAAGCGUCCCGAAGGUCGACGCUCCUGAAGGUCAACGAGAAGAAACUAACGCGCCGCUACACCACGCUGCUGGAGCAGGAGCAGCACCUCCGCAAGGAGAACGGCAGGCUGAAGGACGAGAGCAGCCUCAUGCAGGCCUCCGUCACCCAGAGGAUGGGCUACCUGCAGAGAUACAAGGAAAUGGCUGCUUAUAAGAUAGCAGCAUUACAAAAGGCCUUGGAUGACAAUGUUCCCUCAUCAGAGCUGGAGAAGGCCAACAAGCAGUACACGGAGCUAACGGUCAAAUACAGAGACGUGCUGCAGAGAGACAGCCGCCUCAUCCAGAGGACCAGCACCCUGGAACAUUUGGAGGGUGAGAAUGAGUCUUUUCGGGAGCAGAUCUCAGCCGUGAACAAAGAGCUGGAGAUCACGAAGGAGAAACUGAACACUUUGGAGCAAGCGUGGGACAACGUCAAUACUAUAGGAGGGGAAACCAGCAUGGAUAAGGCGGACAAGGCGCUGGCCAACAAAGAGAUGGUAUCAGCCGCGAGGCGCAUCACCACUCUGGAGAUGAAGGAGUUGAACGAGAGGCAGAGAGCCGAGCAUGCCCACAAAAUGUACGAACACAUGAGAAAGUCCCUCAAGCAAGUGGAGGAACGCAACUCGGAGUUGGAGUCCAAGUUUGCCGAGUUGACCAAGAUGAAUGUGGAGGCCCAGAGGGUGGAGCGCGAGCUGAGAGACGAGCUGGCAGACAGCGUCAGUCGAGCUGCGAGCGACGCCGACAGAGCCAGGGUCUGCGAGCUGGAGAAGGCCGAGGCGGAGCUCCGCAUCGAGGUUUCUAAGCUGCAGGAGGUGUCAGAUGUGGCCGUGAUGCAGGUGUCUGCUCUGCAGGCCCGACAGCAGAGCAGAGAGAAUGAAGUAGAAGCUCUGAGGAGACAGAUUCAGGACUACCAGUCACAGUCCGAUGAGAAGGCCCUGAUAGCGAAGCUGCACCAGCACAUCGUGGCUCUGCAGCUGAGCGAGUCGGCUGCUCUGUCUAAGCUGGAGGCCGCCACAUCCCGCCUCCAGCAGCUGGAGGCCCACAAGCUGCGCGCCGAGCAGCGGCUGGACGGCAGCGAGCGCACCCUGUUCCUCGCCCGGCAGGAGAGCAGAAACCGCUCCAAGCACCUACGUCAGACCAUCCAGGCGCUACGAAGGCAGUUCGCCGGAGCGAUACCUCUCCCCCAGCAGGAGAAGUUCUCAGUGGCCAUGUUCAGCCUUCAGGAGGACAGGGCCACAGCUCAGGAGGAGAGGAGGAAGGCGGAGGAGGAGAGGAAGAGGGCGGAGGGCAGGGCGGAGGAACUGGAGCUGAGACUUCGAGGCCUGGAGGAGCUCAUCGCUACACUGAAGGACGUGAAAGGAGCCCAGAAGGUCACUGAGUGGCACAAGAAGAUGGAGGACGCUCGUCUGCAGGAGCUGAGGAAAGGCAGGGAGCUGGCGGUACAGAAGGAGGAGAUCAGGUACCUGAAGAAGCUGGUGGAGGAGCAGGAGCGAAACAUCCGCUCGCUGGAGGAGGACGUUGUGCAGCAACACAGGCUUCAGGAAGAACACCAGCUGUCACAUGAUCAGCGAGAGGUGGAGCUGGAGCGCCAACUGGAGCAGUACGAGAAACACCAGAGUGAAAUACUAAGCAGUACGGAAAAGUAUGAGUAUGGUCCAGGAUCUCUACCAGACCAGAGUCUUCCUCUCGCUCACCAGCUGGAGUUUGCUUUGGGUAAAGUCAGAGAGCAUGUCCGCACAAUAUUGGACACACAGGCCACCUGCAAAAAUCUGGAUGAGAAGCUGAAGGAGAAAGAAGCAGCUCUGUGGAAGGCAGAGCAGAACAUCGUUUCCAGAGACAGAGUGAUCAACGAGCUGCGUCUCCGGCUGCCGGCUGCGGCCAACAGAGAGCGGCUGCUCGCUGACCUGGCCAAGCACGAGGAGGGCCAGCCGGACAGUCAGCGCACGCUGAAGCUGGCCCACCAGACCAUCAAAGACCUCCAGGGAAGGCUGGACAAAAAGGAGGAGGUGCUGAAGAAAUACCAGAAGCAGUUAACUCAAGCCAGAAAGGACCAGGAGGAGCUGAUCAACAGACACCAGGAGGAGAUGAGGAUGUUGCAUGAGAAGCUGGAUGCACAGACGGACACCUCUCUCGACCGUUUCAAGCAGACAGCGAUGGAGUUGAUGAAGAAGCCCACCCUCAGGGUUCCAACCAACAAGCACCUGGAGCAUGUGGCAGAGCUUGAGCAGACGGUCGCCGAGCAGGACUUCUCGCUGGCCUCCGUCACCGAGAAGUUGAGGCUGGCCAACGCCGAGCUGGAGCGGCAGAGGAGCGCCAUGGAAACACUGGCUAAGAAACACGCUGAGGAGACGUCAAAGCUGGAGGAGCAUCAUGCGGCCCAGAUGAAGGCUCUGAGCGGUGACAGCGAGGAUCAGACGAACCAGAUCGCCCAGAUGGGGAAGGAGAUGACCUACCUCCAAACCGAGCUGGCAGCACAGAAGGAGGCCAACGUCCGCUCCCCCAGCAACACCAUGAAGAACCUGGUGGACCGGCUGAAGGCGCAGCUCAGCCAGAAAGAGAAGCAACUCAAGGCUCUCAGCAAAGCUCUGCUGGAGCUGCGAGCGGAGAUGACGUCUGCGGCCGAGCAGCAGGUCAUUGCCGGCGCUGCUCAGAGAGAGGAGAGCCUCAAUGUACAGAUGCUGGUGGACAGACACACCAAAGACCUCAAGGUGCGGGUGCAAGAACUUAAUGAAGAACUUCAAUCAGCAAAGGAUAUUGCAAAGGCAGCCAGAGGCCGGGAGAACAGCCUGAAAGAGGAAGCGGACGGCCUGAACCAGGAGCUGCAGAGGAGCCUGAAAGCCCAGAGACGCCUGCAGGCUGAGAGGGAGGAGAAGGAGCAUGAGAUCCAGGAGCUGAAGCAGCAAGCCAAAAGGUUCAGCACCGCCCUGCAGAGCCAACCAGAACCAGAUGGGAAGGGGCCGAGCGUGGAGAGUCUGCACAAGAAGAUCAGGAGGCUGGAAUCGGAGCUGGACAAAAGAGCCGAAGUGAAAAAUGUCAAGGAUGACCAUGAAAAGACCAAAGGCGAAGUGGUGCGUUGGGAGGAGGGUAAGAGAUGGCAGGCCAAGAUGGAGAAGGUGAAGAACUCAUUGAGGGAUAAGGAAAGAGAGAACGAAUCCCUUUUGAAACAGCUCAGCACUCUUAGAGACCUCUACAGCAGACUGGAGCAGGAGAAGAGCGCUCUGCUGAAGAAGCUGAAGGGUCGAGGCGUGACGGCGGAUCAUGUGGUGGGGGUGCGGACCACCGAACAUGAGAAGGAGAUGGAAGAGCUGAAGAAGAAGAACUCGGAGCUGGAGACACAGAUCCUCACCAUAAAAGAGCACCAGGCGUUACCUCGUGAUGACGCCAUGGAGAAUCUGAUUGUGAGGAACCGCUUCCUGGAGGAGAGGCUGCACUCUGCAGAGAGCCAGACCCUCAGAGAGCCUCCGUCCAGACCCUCUUCCAAAAGCUCCGGGGCUUUGCGAGGGAUUUGUUUUGUCACUUUUGAUGUUGCCGACGGGUCAUGCGAAGGGAAUGCAGCACAGCGUCCUGCUGAGUCACACGGCCGCUCCGUUAGCCCUGAAGCUGUGGGAGAGCGUAUGGACCAACAGAGGGAGCCAGAGCAGAUCCAGGUAGCUCAAGAAACCCAAAGCAGUGUUGUCGGAGAAGAGGAUGCUGCAGGAAACACAGAAGAAGAAAACACACCUGGAGAAGAAGAUGUCGACGGAAAUCAUGGUGAAGAAGAUGAUACGGACCAUUUAGAAAGUGCACAAGACAUCCCAGUUGAUUCUGGAGUUGAAAGAGAUGAAGACAUACAUAUAACAGAAGAAAUGGAGCCUCAGGAUCUGUCAGAAAAACCAGGAUCAGGAACAGAAACCGUGAAGAAGGAGGAUGAGGGAGAACGAGAGGAUCGCGAUGCAGAUGAUGAUGAUGAUGAUGAUGAAGUGGAAUUUGAAAACCCAGAGGAAGCCGAGCAGCAGGCCGAGCUGAGUGAUGAAGUGCUUGCGACUACAAAUGGGGUACCCGAGGAAGAUAAUGCGGAACAGCCGUGCUCAGCGGAUCCAGAUGUGGGCCCCGGCUCCGUCCCGAGGAAACAUCCAGAGAUCCCGGGAAAAACAGACGGCAGAUCUGUGAGAUACCUCCAGACGUCAGGACGAGGCACCGGCACCCCCUCGCAGAGAGACCCGGACCUCCAGAAAGAAAACCUCAAUCUGGCCUCUGAGAACCUGGAGCUGCGCUUCCAGCUGGAGCAGGCCAACAAAGACUUGCCAAGACUCAAGAAUCAAGUGGCUGACCUAAAGGAGAUGUGCAGCGCGCUGAAAAAGGAAAAGGCAGAGACGGAGAAAAAGCUGACGCAUAUACGAGGAGCGGGUCACAGCGGUAAAACGGUACCAGAGCUGGAGAAGACCAUCGGGCUGAUGAAGAAGGUGGUGGAGAGGGUACAGAGGGAGAAUGAGACCCUGAAGAAGUCCAGGGCAUCUUCAAAUCAAGACAAGAUCGCCGCCUUGGAGCAAGAGAACGAGAAGCUGAAGGCUGGCUAUGAGAAGCUGAAGAGUGCCGGUGAAGCCGAGCUCAGCUCCAAACUUGAAUCCAAAACCAAAGGACUGGAGAAAAUAGUCAUGGAAAAUGAACGUCUGCGCAAGGAAAUCAAAAGGGAAAUGGAAACUGUGGAGCGGCUGAAGGUGAGCAAGGCGAGUCUGGAAGUGACCAACGAGAAGCUGGAGGCCGAGCUGGAAGACACCAAGCAGAGACUGAGAGCCGCUCUCUCCAAACCCAUCACAGAGGGGGCCGACAGCAAGACCUGGAAAGCUACUGUGGUGACCAGAAUGUUUGAGAACAAGAUGAAGGAGCUGGAGAGGGAGCUCUCCCAGAAGACCUCCAGCCUUUCUGAACUCAAACAACAGCUGAAGGAGGUGAGGGAGCGCGAGGACAGCGCCCAGAUAAACAUCCGGAAACUGGAAGACCAGGUUGACAUGUUGAAAAGGUUCCCUUCCGCUGCAAAGACAGAAGGCGGGCUGACCAAGGAGUUCCAGAAAAUGAGGUUGUUGAACAGUGAGCUGGAGAAGGAGAACACGGAGCUGAAACAAAAGCUGAACGAGUACAGUGAGCGAUACGGGGAAUCGUCCUCUAAACUGGACAACGGGAAGCUCAAACAGCUCCUGCAGCUCGCCCAGACGGAGAAAACAAAGCUCCAGGCGGAGGUUAAAAAGCUUCAGAAAGAACUGGAGAACUUCGACCCGUCGUUCUUCGAAGAGAUCGAGGACUUGAAGUACAACUACAACCUGGAGGUGAAGAAGAACAUCCUGCUGGAGGAGCAGCUGAGGAACGUGUGUGAAAAGUUCGGUGUAGAGGUGGAGCUGCCUCGCGUCUCCGUCAGUUAACUCGGGGUACUGUGCCUUUAAAUCUCUCUUCCUGCUGCACGAGUACUGCUGUGGUCAUCACACCUUUACACUUUACAGGGUAUGCAUUCGAUCUUUAGGGCUGGGAAUCAACUCUCAACACUGCAGGUGACUGUCUGAGCAGUAGAGGAGCACCAGCAGGAAACUCAGGGAUGAUCAACCACUCACUUUUGGCCAAAACCAUUCACAUCAAUGGGAUGAAAUGUACAUCAUUUGCUAAAUUAAGGUGUAUUACAGAACACAUGUGUAGAAAGGUUCUCACCUGUUUUAAAGAUAGACAUUCAUUGGUUGUAAACCUGUUUGUUUUAAUCUGAAGUAUUUGUUUUUAUUCAAGGACUCAUUAAAACUUCACCAUAUCCGUCUAACUUGAGAAGCAUGUUUACCUACAAUCACUUCAUUUUAUUUUUGUAGCACGUAAAAAGGAGUCUUUCCUUUCAGGCAUCACAUCGAUGUGCAGCCCUAAAGGUUAGCGAUACUGUACGUUUUAGAAAUCCAAUACAAAUGAGGUUCCUCUGUCCACUUAAUCGUGAAAUAAAUAGUGAAGUAGCGUAGCAUCUCCAGGCUGAGGCAGCUAUUUGUUCUGAUACACAGCUCUUGGUUUGUUGAUGCAUGUAGAAUAUAUUUAUAUUUGUACAGUUUGGGAUGUUGUUGUUGUUGUUGUUCUGUAUAUUUGUCAAUAAAGCAGAUUUUCUACAGAUUGUUGAAUAAAAACCAGUUACACAUAAA